UUUCGAACCUCAUCAUCCCCCAUCGCCAUUCCCCCUCUUCGUGCCUCUCGAUACCUUCGUUACCACUUCCAUUUUUGUUAUUCCCUCUUGGUAACUUUGCAGAGUACUAUAUACACUCGUCGCCAUCAUGUCUGGAAGCGCAUAUGACAGACAUAUCACAAUCUUCUCGGACCAAGGUCGUCUGUAUCAAGUCGAGUAUGCCUUCAAAGCCAUCACUUCAGCCAACAUAACUUCGUUGGGUGUGAGGGGAAAGACCUGCGCCGUGGUGUUGUCUCAGAAGAAAGUUGCUGACAAACUGAUUGAUCCAUCCUCCGUUUCACAUAUCUUUCGGCUCUCUCCCUCGGUUGGUUGUGUCAUGACCGGUUCUAUAGCGGAUGCUAGGGCUUCCGUUGACCGUGCUCGUGGAGAGGCGGCGGAAUUCCGAUACAAAUACGGUUACGAAAUGCCCUGUGAUGUUCUUGCGAAGCGACUUGCCAAUAUAAAUCAGGUCUACACACAGAGGGCUUACAUGCGCCCGUUAGGAGUCGCUACGACCCUGAUCUCUGUCGAUUCGGAGAAUGGCCCACAGGUCUACAAAUGCGACCCUGCAGGCUACUACGUCGGAUACAAGGCCACCGCAUCUGGUCCGAAACAGCAGGAGGCGAUCACUUACCUGGAAAAGAAGCUGAAGAACAAGGAUUACGCCGAGGGCAGUUGGGAGGAAGUUGUCGAAUUGGGAAUCACAGCCUUGAGCAAUGUGCUUAGCGUCGAUUUCAAGAAGCACGAAUUGGAGAUUGGAAUCGUUGGCGGCCCUCGGGCGGAUGGCCAGGAGGGCACGGAUGUCAAUUUCCGGGCUCUGACGGAGGAUGAGAUUGAUGAACGGCUGCAGGCGAUUGCCGAAAAGGACUGAAUGUUGAACGUAUGAACAUGCAUGUUUGCUAGACCCGAAUGAUAUUUAAUAGCAUCACUCCGACUCCGGUU